AUGGAAGGAUUGGUUGAUCGUCUUCAACGGAUCGAAGCAAAGGUGGAUUUGUUGGCGACAAAGGCUGAUCUACACUAUGAUCUCAGACAAAGUGCAGAUGCCAUGGAUGAGAGUAGUACUUCUGAGGAUGAAUCAUCAGAUUUUGCUACCUCUUUCGCACCUUCAUAUAAAUUUCGUCAAGUUCCUGCUGCAUACACUCCUACUCCACCAAGGGGAAUAUUUGGUGGUGGUAAUGUUGAUCAAACGAUCAUCGUUAAAGGAUUUGACUCUUCGCUUCCUGAUCAAGAAUGCAUUGACUCGAUACUUCAGAUCAUGUGGAGAGAUUAUAAGCGUUGUUGUUCCAACAGACCGUGUAACCGGUUGGGUCAUAGGAUGUGCUUACAUUCAUCUAAAGGAAGGUGUAGAGAAGGCUUUGAAACUUAA